CUGGUUGUCGUUGGCUCACCACAUACUGGUAAAACAUCAAUUGUAAAUCGUUUUUUAAAUGAUCGAUUCGAAGAACGAUAUAUUCCAACCAUUGAAAACUUCCAUCGAAAGUUAUAUGAAGGUCGUGGCGAAACUCAUCAAUUGAAGAUUCUUCAGGCAAUAAUCCUUUUCCUGCAUCCCGAAAAAUUUCUUAUGUUUCAGGUUUUGGUGCAAAAUUUGAAAUGCUUCAUAGAAAAUUUUGAACGCGAAGUUUUGAGCGUAAUUCAUGGAUAA